GCAACGUUGUCCGAAAUCACAGCUAUUGAAAUGCGGAAAGACCGCCACUUAUUAAGCCUUUCAAGGUCGUUGAAAUGAAACGGCGUGCGGCUCUGAAAAUGUCGAACGUUUUCACCGUGUCGACACAAUGAGAAGUGCGAUACGUAGAAAAUUAGUUCUUGUUGGAGAUGGUGCAUGCGGGAAAACUUGUUUAAUUUUUGUAUUUUGCACUAACCGGUUCCCAGAAUUUUAUGUUCCUACCGAAUUAAAAAACUAUGUUGCAGAUAUUGAAGUUGAUAACAGACAAGUUGAAUUAACUCUCUGGGACACUGCUGGUCAAGAAGAUUAUGAUAGGUUACGGCCACUUUCUUAUCCUGAUACGGAUGUAGUUCUGUUGUGUUAUAGUAUUGAUUCUCCUGAUAGUUUUGCAAACAUUGAGGAGAAAUGGUUACCAGAAAUCCGGCAUUUUUGUCCUGAUGUUCCCAUUAUCUUAGUUGGAAACAAAAAAGACUUACGACAUGAUGAGGCUACGAAGAAUGAGCUACACAGAACCAAGCAGCUUCCUGUCACCUUUAAUGAGGGUAAACAAGUAGCUGAAAAGAUUUCUGCUUAUGCCUUCUAUGAGUGCUCAGCUAAGACCAAGGAGGGUGUCAGCGAUGUUUUUGUAGCAGCUACUCGAGCCGCCUUGAAUUCAGCGAAGAAGAAGAGGAGGAAGUGUGAUUUAAUUUGAUUCUCACUAUUCUCUGAAUUGUCUAAAUUUGAUUUUCCGGUCUCCAAAACGUACAUUCCCCUCCUAAUUCUUCCUCAGGACAUUAAAUUGCUACUUCUAUUGACUGCUUGUUGCUUUACCGAUCAUACUUUUUGUUUACCAACAAGACAAUCCAUUCCACUGAAAUAUUUACCAUUUAUUUUUGUCUUGAUACUAAGACAGGGCAUGCCUCAUGUAACUUAUAUUUAUUGAGAAUAAAUUAUUAUAAUCAGUCA